AUGGCUGAGCAUAUCGUAGAUCCCCAUCCGGACAUGAGCUCUCAUGCGCGCAAUAAGAAAAGAAUAUGUGUCAUAGGUGCUGGAGCGAACGGUCUCGCUGUACUGAAAGUGUUCGCGGACUCCCCACACGUUCAAUCGGGCGACUGGGCCAUCAAAUGUUUCGAAGAAAGAGAGAAUGUUGGCGGUAUAUGGCGGCCAGCGCCACGAUCUUCGGGAGACAGACCGCCGGUAUCCGCAUUGUACGAGUCUCUCAAGACGAACAUUCCUCACCCGGUGAUGGGCUACGCGAGCUAUUCAUUUCCUCCUGAAACACCUCUGUUCCCUCCCGCAUCAACUGUGCUUCGCUAUCUCGAGGGCUUUACCGAAACUUUCGGAUUGAGGCGCUUCAUACAGUUCGAUUCGGUCGUCACUGCUGCUGCAUGGUCUGACAAAGAGGCUGUCUGGAAUGUUACGAUCUCAACGGGCGAGACUUCGAGAUUUGAUGCUCUCAUUGUCUCCAAUGGACACUAUCGACGCCCACGCUACCCAGAUGUACCAGGUCUGCAGACAUGGUUGUCCACUGCCAAGGCGAUGCACUCCGCCUGGUACCGGAGACCCGAGCAACUCGCAUCUUUCAGCAAGAUUGUCGUUGUCGGCGGCGGUCCCAGUGCCCAUGAUCUCUGCGCGGACCUCACCGCUGUGGGGAAGCGGGUCCUGCAGUCCAUCCCCUCAGACCCGGGGAAUUUCCCGCCGGACUCGGAGCUCUACCGCAAAGUUCCGCGAAUCGCUCGCUAUGGAGAGGAAGGCGAGCUUACUUUCGAGGACGGUACUGUGGAGGUCGGGGUAGACUAUGUCGUUCUCGCCACGGGGUACCAAUACUCCUUCCCGUUCUUUUCCGAGCCCGAAAUCUUGAGCGGGAUGCCGGAACUACCGCCGCCGUUCCCCUCCAAUCUAUACAACACGACUUACGGCCUAUUCCCUCUCGCGAAACACAUGUUCCCCCUCCAAUCCGUCUUUCCUGUGACCUCGGUUGCUUUCACUGGUUUGGCCAUCAAGGUUGCGCCCUUCCCCAUCUACGAGGAUCAGGCCCGCCUCAUUAUACACGUCUUAGAAGAUCAAAGCAGGCUCGACAUCACGGCCGAGUCAGUUGCGGUCGUCGAACGUGCACAGCGUAUUGCAACAACCGAGGGUAGCGACGAUGCUUCUACCGUACUAAAGGCGUGGAACUUCUUCACUGAAUGGGAGGGCUUCGACUACCGCGCGGAGCUCAGCAAGUUCGUCAAUCCGCAAGCUCCGUGGUCUUUGCCGGAGUGGGAGGCUUGGAUGUGGAAGAGGAAGUGGCUGUUGAGGAACGCGUGGGUUGCCAUCGAGAAGCGAGGGGAUGCAGAGAAGUGGCUGAAGGGUGUUGGCACGAAUGGUGUUUCUGACUGGUUUGCGCUCUGCAAAAGGUUGCUUCCGGAAGUGCAGCCCGAGGCAGAAGCUGGUGUCAAGCUGUGA